AAGUUGUGCAAAAUUGGCUCUGCUAGUUUGUUUGUAUAAUAUAAAAAAUCUAAGAAAUUGUUUAAUAUUUGUGUUUAAAUGCGUUCUCCUUCCCGAACGCGUUCUCGUAGUCGUCAUCGAUCGCCCCAAAGACGUAGAAGUAAUUCGCGGGAUCGUGGUGCUACACGUCAAAGAGAACGAGAUCAACACCGACGAAAGGCAACACGGUCAAGAACCAAAACGCCGAGUAGCUCAAAAUCUCGUUCAAGAUCAAGAUCAAGUAGGCGCUCCGUGCAAAGCCAUCACCAUAGGCAUCAACGUCGAGAGACUCGUCGUUCGAAGUCAAAGAAUAGGACUAGUCGUUCCCCAUCUAAACAUAAGAAUCACGGCGAAGAACGUUGGCCAAAUGACAAGUUCCAUGAAAACAAUUAUGGUGGACGGCAAAAUAAUCCUUUUCGGGGAGGAGCAAGUAAUCACCAACAGAAAAAAUCGUCGAACUAUUUAGACGCACGAAGGGCACAACGUGAAUUAAUCGGCAUAGAAGGUACAGAAGACGUAUGGGCCAAAAGCCCGGCACAUCCAGAAUCUUAUUCUGAUGACGAGCAAGACGAUCCAGAUGUACAAAUUCUGGACGGAACUUAUAAAAAGCCAAAGAAGAAGAAAAGUAAGGCGAAAAAGAAGAAAUCUAAAAAAUCAAAGAAACGUAAAAGUAGUAAGAAAAAAUCCAAAAGUAAGCACAGAAAGAAAAAAAACGCAUCAAGUUCUAGUGACACAUCGAGCUCGAGCUCUGCUUCAUCUUCCGAAGAUAGCUCAGAUGACUCCAGUUCUGAUAGCGAAAGCUCCACAGAUAGUGAAGAUGUAAAGGAAACUUGGCUAGAAAAGACUGCUGAGGGUGUCAGGCCUAUAAAAAAGAAAAUAAAAAUCAAAAGGAACAAAAAACAAAAGAAGGGAAAAAAACAUAUACGCAACGAAACCAAAAAGGGCAGAGAAGAUAGACCUGGAACGUCACUGGGAGUUAACGCGGAUGGUGAAGAGUUUGGACCCACGCUGAGGCAGACCAGUGGCCUAAGUCAAAAGGAUUUUGGACGCGCUUUGCUACCUGGUGAAGGUGCGGCUAUGGCAGCGUAUAUUGCUGAAGGUAAAAGAAUUCCAAGAAGAGGAGAAAUUGGUUUGACAUCUGAAGAGAUCGCAAAUUUUGAAUCCGUGGGUUAUGUAAUGAGCGGUAGCAGGCAUCGUCGCAUGGAAGCUGUGCGUAUUCGCAAGGAAAAUCAAAUAUAUUCGGCCGAUGAAAAACGAGCGUUGGCUAUGUUCAGCAAAGAGGAGCGACAAAAACGCGAAAACAAAAUUUUAUCGCAAUUCAAAGAUAUGAUCAAUUCAAAGUUACAUGCAAAAGAAAAGAAAUGAGGAUGUGUGCAGACAAGCAUGCGUACUUUAUUUCAAUACGCACACCAUCUUCUAAAGUGACACAACCCAAAGGUGCGCAGAGCUUGCAUUUACCUUUCAGCAAAAACUGGAGCAAAUUUUUGUUAUAAUUUGUUGAAAAAACCUAAGGUAAAUUCUCACUUGCCCAUAUGAUUAGCAUACGCUAAGAAAUAGUUUUUUGCAUUUUCUGGCGAACGUGUAAUUUUGAGUUGUGUCACUUUUGAAGAUAGUGUGCGAUAUAUUCAUUAAUCGUCAAUGAAAUGUUUCAGAUAUUUAAAGUAAAUAUAAAAUGUAACAUUAAAAAUGAUGCCAUUUAUUGCAUUAUUUUUAAUUUAUGAGAACCCUUGUCAUAGUGCUCAGUUAUUAGCAUAUGCAUUAUAAAACAUGUAGUUUUGUAUAGUAGCGAUUCAAAUAAAAAUAUGUGUGUAUGUAUUAAAAAUA